UCCCUCACCGCCUUCACUCCUCUUUCCUCUCACUGAUCGUCCCUCUCGGUGUUUCAGCGGAGGGGCUGCACGCGCGAUUGCGCUAUUGAUACCCACUUUACACUGUGUCUAAGGAAAGUCAGCCUCUCUCUCUCCCUCGCUCUCUCUGUCCUGCUCUCUGGCUGCGCUUUGGUAACCUCACAGGGAGGUGUUAACUACUUUUGCUUCCACAAAGCGCCUCCCGUUAUCUCCGGUGCUGCUGCGCAAGAGCCUGAAGGGCUUCUGCUGCUGAUAUUGCCACUCCGCAGAAAAGUUUUCGGUUUGUUGUGAGGAUAAAAAAAAAACAAGAAGCCGGAAACCGAGGAGUCGUCUGCAGAAAAAGCGGAUUCUACCACGGCGAGUUUGGCAACCACACGAAGAUGAGGAAUCGGCUUUGAUGACCUACGGAUGUCCACCCCUCACACCGGACCAUUUGGCUUCGGCAACACAUCCAUCAAACUCUCCAGACAUGGAUCUUCACAGGGCAGCCUUCAAGAUGGAGAGCUCCUCCUACCUGCCCAAUCCCCUGGCUUCCCCGGCCCUCAUGGUCCUGGCCUCCACUGCUGAAGCCUCUCGCGAUGCCUCAAUUCCCUGCCAGCAGCCACGUCCAUUUGGCGUCCCCGUUUCUGUUGAGAAAGAUGUCCAUUUGCCAUUUAACAAUGGUUCUUACACUUUUGCAUCAAUGUACCACCGACAAGGCGCGGUCCCACCAGGAUUCCCAAACAGGGAUUUUCCUCCAUCCCUCCUCCACCUCCAUCAUCAGUUUGCCCCACCUAACCUGGACUGCUCGCCAAUCAGCAUGCUGAAUCACAGCGGUGUCGGCGCCUUCAGGCCCUUCGCCUCCCCCCAGGAAGAUCGCGACGGAGUGCCAGGCGGGUAUCAGUCCGCGUUCACCCCAGCCAAGCGCCUCAAAGGCUGCCUGGAUGCAGAUGCUUCACCCCACCUGCGCUACUCUGAUGCAGAGGGGAAAGAGUAUGACUUUGGCGGUUCCCAGAUCCCUCCCGGAGGUUCGCCCAGCAGCGCCUUGAAAGCAGUAGAGGACAGUGGGAAAAAGAUCUUCGCCGUGUCAGGCCUCCUGUCUGAUCGAGAGACUUCCUCCAGCCCAGAGGACCGCAUUGAGCGCUGGCUGAGUCAGGCUGUCUAUUUCAAACUUGCUGAUGCCCCUCUUUGCCAAAUGACGCGGCGCGUACCCGUCGUGAUGGGGCCCCUUUGGGAUGGAAAUGAUUGCCGACAGGCCUCACGCCCACACCUCUCCGUCAGGUAUCCCCCUUCCUCCGGACAGCUGAGGAAGGAGAAAUGGAGUACAGACAGUGAGCAGAGAGAGGAGAAGAGAGAGGGCAUAGGUAAAAAGAAGAUGUCCCUGUAUGACAGCCAGGCUCCAAUCUGUCCCAUCUGCCAGGUGCUGCUCAGGCCCGGAGAACUACAGGAGCACAUGGAGACAGAGAUAGAGAGGCUAGCUGCCAUAUGCUUCAGUAAGAACACUUCAACCAAGGAUGGAGCAGCCACUCCAGGAACCCCAAAGUCAAUGCUGUUGUCGGUGCACAUCAAGCGCGAGGGAGAGUCUCCAGUGGUUUCGCCCCUGUCCUCUGAGGAUGCCCACCACUCUGACAGAUACCAGACAUUUUUACGAGUUCGAGCAAACAGGCAAACAAGAUUGAAUGGUGCCAGCAUCUGGAGGCAACAUUUGUCUAGAGUGGCCGCGAUCAGCUCCGGAGGCCAUGUCGCAGCUGGAACGCGGCGCAGCUGCGCCCGUCUCUGCAGCGAAAGCUUGACCAGAGAGGCCAGAGAUCAAACACGUAUAGGGAAGAUGAAGAGGAGGAAGCCUGAGGAGGGGGGCCAGGUAUGUCCGCUGUGCAGCGCCCCAUUGGCUGGUAGCGAGGAGGAGAUGAGUAGACAUGUGGAACAAUGCCUGAUCCAGCGUGAGGGUGCGUUAGGCGAUGAUGACUCUGCAGACAUGGAUGGAGAAAAUGGGCGGGGCUUUGAGGAGUACGAGUGGGCGGGGCAGAAGAGGAUCAGAGCUACAGCUUUGCUGGAGGGAGGCUUCAGAGGAACCGGUUUUGCAACGUGUAGCAUUAAGGAGAGCGCAGCAGACAGCGACGCUGACCUAGACGUGGACGGGGACGACACCUUGGAGUACGGCAAGGCCCAGUACACCGAAGCCGAUAUCAUCCCUUGCUCUGGUGCCGGAGAGGACCAAGGAGAGGCCAGGGAGAGGGAGGCACUACGGGGAGCCGUGCUCAACGGUGGGAUGCCUUCUAACAGAAUAACGCCUGAAUUCUCCAAGUGGGCCAGCGACGAAAUGCCUUCGACGAGCAACGGAGAAAGCAGCAAGACAGACCCCGGCACUCCUUCAUCCUCCACCUCUUCCUCCUGCGCACCACGCACCUGUAAAAACAGCGAGAUCGAAAAGGUAACGGAGGAGGAGUCCACGGCUACCACCAUGGAGGCUCUGAAGGCUCGAAUCCGAGAGCUGGAGAGGCAGAUACUGAGAGGAGACCGAUACAAGUGUCUCAUCUGCAUGAGGAAGCCUGCUAUCCAGUCAGGUGCAGAGAUCAAGAGCCUAGGGGUGUGGCCAGGGCCCCGGCCACUGGCCAAUGAGGUCGGAGAGAGGAAGCCUAAGGCCCUCCCCCUCGGCCUGUACUGCCUGUACAGGGGCCUUGUGAUUGGUGGCUACGGCAGCGGCAUAAAGAGGCUCCUCCCACAGCCCUUACGGAGGGUUGCCGGUUCAGUUGCUCCCAAUGCUGCCUUGCUCAGUGGUUCUGUGGCUUCUGGCUGUGUCGUUCCAUGGACUCCUACACGAUGCCGCUUACCUCCAUCCAGUGCUGGCACGUCCAUUGUGAAGAAUGCUGGCUCAGGACUCUGGGGAACAAGAAGCUGUGCCCGCAGUGCAACACCAUCACCUCACCCGGGGAUCUGAGACGCGUCUACUUGUAAAGAGCACACCCAUCCUCCCGCCUGUUCGUCCUUCCGAUCCAUUCCUCCUCUCAUCUCGGAUUUCAUCGCCCUCCCCGUCGAUCCUCAUUUGUUUUCCCUCUCUCGUGGCCUGUGUCGCUAGCUCCAAACCCUCCAAGAGCAUACAGAGACAAGACGGCUGUCUUUGAGACUCCACUGGCUCUUUCAGGAGGUUAAAACUGGAUGAAAUUGAAUAACUGAGCAGAACUCACUGACUCCUUGGCUGGCUGCCUGGCUACCCACCCAAAAAAAGUUUUAUUAAAAAGACGGAGACCUGUCAUUCCACUGCUCAACGGGCUUGUUUCCUCUCAUGACUCUCUGUACAUGUAACAUUUGGUAUCGUCCACUGAAGGACUUGCAGUCAGUGGAGAACCCCCAACGCCCAGCUAAACCCUGCUGAGACCUGGUAGCGUCAUGCUGCUGGACCUGAAAGGAACUUCGUUAUACAGAAUAUAAAGACUUCUUUUUUUCCCCCUCUAGCUCUUCUUUGACAUUUCAAAGGUGCUGGACAACAGGCUCUAACUUGAAGACUGGACGGAAAGCUUCUUAUUCUUAGUUGUUCCCUAUCCCAGAGAGAAAAAUCCUGUCUUCAUGCCCCCAUUGCUUAAAAGAAUUAAAAAAGGGCCUGUCCACUAAAACUGAGCUUUCAACCAAACUGAGAAUAACCUCACAAGCUUGAAAAGGAGUUUGACACUCCUCCACCUCUUGUGUUUCUCCUCGCGAGCCCUUCUAUCCCCGUUUACCCUCUUUUGUGGUGUUUUAGUGAAGUAAACCAAAAUUUCUCCCCCUCCAAGAUGCAGUGCAAGCACAUGUAAUAUAGUUCUAUGUAUGUUUACAAUGUUGGGUGUAAAUGACAUAGAGUUCACACACACAUACACACACAUAUGUACACACACACGCACACAUGUUACUAUCAGCAGACACACAGAAGUAUAUAAUAUCAAAGUCCUGUUGUAAGUUGGAAGGGUCUGGGAAUGAUGUUUGGGGAAAAAAUGGCUGGAAUAAAAGAAGCCUUCUGUAUUUAAAAAAAAAAAAAAAAAAGAUCAUUUGAAGAUCUGUUAUUUCACUGUACAGGAAUAAAACAUUUAAGUAAUAAUAAACUACUCAAGACUAGAUGGUCAAGAUUUAGGUGGUGUCAUUUUUCUGCAGAGUACCUUGAAAAACGAACAUGAAGCAAGGAAAGAUCUUUUGUUAGUUUUAUAGAAUGGAGAGAUUCCCAUUGCCCAAGAUUGACUGCAACAAGCAGAACAAUGGGACUGCUCUGAGCCUCUUCUUUUGACUUCCAUUUCUGCUUCCUCUCAGUUGGAGUAACAUCAUGCUCAGAUCAUAGUUAAGAAACGUUUUGUUUUACCCCUACAUGUCUCAAAAGAAAGCUUUUUUUCAUUGUUCUCAUACUGCUAUGCUGCAAAAAGGUUCCAAAAUGGUAACCCCGAAGGGCAGGUUCUUUCUAGCUAUAACAGAUGAGGGAAGUGUCUGGAAAAGAGGAAUGGCCAAGGCUGAACUGGCAACUUCCAAAACCCCGCAGCAUUUCCCCCUUCCCUUUUACGGCAGCAGCAGCAACCAAGGUGGUGGUGUGCUUUGUGUUUGUAAAACUAUGUAUUCUGUGACGUCUGUAUUGUUGUAAGAAAUGCUGAAAAAAAUGAAAAAAUAAAACUUCUCAAAUACCACGAGUGGUCUUGUUCACACAAUCUGGGCUGUAAAAUAAGACAUAGAAAAGAGAAAUGUUCCUGUUUUAACUGAAAUAAAGCUAAGGAAGAUGGCCUUAAUGCAAAAGAC